UUCAGGGCUUGGGCCCUAAUAAAUCCAUGAGAGAUUGGUCAUCCCUGGGUACUAAAUGGCAGUACUGGACAACUUGCACCACAUACAUCUCAAUAAUGUGGCCAUGAUUGAUGGGGAACAGAAUAUCUUCCCAUAAGUCCAUGUCAGCCAAUCUGUGGUCCAUACUUUAAGCAAAACCCCCCAUAGAGUUCCAUAUGUUACUUGCCUGGCCUUCUGUAACAAAAGAGAGACAAUGUAGGUCUGGAUGCAGUUUAUUCAACAGAAAGACACUCAGAUAAGACAUCGAAAAUUCUCAGAAAUAUUCUCAGAUCGCCAAGUCAUGCAAAUAAUGCUUGCACUGAGAAUGAGUGCAGAAACCAGUGCAGCCAUGACAAUAUAAUAUACAUACAGCAUUUCAAUCUUCUGCUAUUAGUUUUCAUGCAGGGCCAGAACUCAUUUGAAAAUGUAAGAUCAGCAAAAGCUCGAUGUUAAAAGAGACGUACGUGUGAGCGGAAACUGUGACUGAGGUCACAACCAGAUAAAUAUCUCAGUUCAGUCUUCCAGAUCAAUCUGAGUGUUUCAGACAUUAAGAGUUACUAUCGUGGGCUUUUCAGUGAGCCGAUGAAGAAGAUGUUCCUCAAAUUAGUUUUGCUCUGUUUGUGUUUGUGGCGUCUGGAUGGUGAGUGUAAAUGUGUUUUCAUGACUUCAGUUGUUUCUGUUCUGAUGUGAUAAAUUAGUUGGAGAAGAUUAUCAUUCACUGUGAUUCUCGUAGAAAUGACUAAACUGUGAAAUCAUGAUUGGUCUAAAAUCAGUUAUUAGGGGUGGAUUUAAUAAAACAUAAUAAAUAUGAAGCUCAAAUACCAAACAGCAUUAAAUAUAAUUGUAGGAAAAGUAUCUGUUGUUUUUUUUCUCUUUCAUUUAUCAUUGUUUGUCGUUGUACUGUUUAAGAAUGUUAUUCACUUCACAUUUUAAUGAUUAAAAGUAUUUUAGUGAAGCUUCAUCGACCAACCUGAAGUGAUUUUAAAGCUUUAAUCUGUGAAAAACCCUGUUCUUCAGGAGUGUCUGGUGAUGAUGAAAUUUAUAAAAUAGCGUGGAAGGGAGAUUCAGUCUCUCUAAACACUCGUCUCACUGAAAUAAAGGAUGAUGAUGUGAUUCAGUGGAGGUUUGGAGACACUUUAAUAGCAGAAAUCAAUAAACGGGCCGACAGAUUCACUGUAUAUGAUGAUGUUCUUGAUGGGAGAUUCAGAGACAGACUGAAGCUGAACAAACAAACUGGAUCUCUGACCAUCACACACAUCACAACUGAUCAUGAAGGAGAUUAUAAACUACUGAUCAACCGUGAGAUCAAGAUUUUCAGAGUUACUGUGUUCGGAAUGAAAUUGGUAUCAGUGAUGGAGGGAGAUUCAGUCUCUCUGAACUCUGGUCUCACUGAAAUAACGGAUGAUGAUGUGAUUCAGUGGAUGUUUGGAGAUGGAAACACUUUAAUAGCAGAAAUCAAUAAACGGGCCGACAGAUUCACUGUAUAUGAUGAUGUUCUUGAUGGGAGAUUCAGAGACAGACUGAAGCUGGACAAUCAAACUGGAUCUCUGACCAUCACAAACACCACAACUGAAGAUACUGGAGAAUUUGAAGUACAGAUCAACCAUUUGAAGGAAUUUUUAUUUCUCGACGUCAUUGUUGUGUUUAACCCAAAGGAGACGUACGUGUCAGUGAUGGAGGGAGAUUCAGUCACUCUAAAUCCUGGUCUUAUUAAAAUAAGUGAUGAUUUGAUUCAGUGGUGGUUUGGAAACAAUGUAAUAGCUGAAAUCAAUGUAACGGCCGACAGAUUCACUGUAUAUGAUGAUGUUCUUGAUGGGAGAUUCAGAGACAGACUGAAGCUGGACAAUCAAACUGGAUCUCUGACCAUCACAAACACCACAACUGAAGAUGAUGGAGAUUAUCAACUACAGAUCCUCAGAACAUCGAUCAUCUUCAAUCUCAAUAUCUAUGCUCGUCUGCCUGUUCCUGUCAUCAGUAGAGACUGUUCUUCGUCAUCAUCAAAUUGUUCAUUGGUGUGUUCAGUGGUGAAUGUGAGUCAUGUGACUCUGUCCUGGUACGCAGGAAUGAGUGUAUUGUCCAGCAUCAGUGCGUCUGAUCUCAGCAUCAGUCUCUCUCUACCUCUGGAGGUGGAAUAUCAGGAUAAAAACACCUACAGCUGUGUGCUGAACAAUCCCAUCAGCAACCAGACCACACAUCUGGACAUCAACACACUCUGCAGACACACAUGUGAAGGUACGACAGCGCUGAUAUUAGUUGAUGUCAGCGCUGAUAUUAGUGUUUAUUGACUGAUCUGAUGUCAGUUUGAUGUGUUUAUUCCUCAGACUCUGUCCAAUGUUGCGGUCCUACUGAAGCUGUGAUCCGAUUGGUCCUCUCUGCUCUGGUGGGCGUGGCUAUUGUCAUCAUUCUGGUUUAUGACAUCAGAUCCAGAAGAGCUGAACGAGAUCAAGCACAUAUUCACACAUCAGGUGCAUGAUUGAUGAUGUCAUUUCUCA